UUUGAUAAGGAACAGUACGUGCACAGAGUAGUCUGCAAAUUCUAAACAAAUGUUUCUUCAGCAGCCUUACCUCUUCCGCAUUAGCAGAUUGCAUCUGGCAUGGAGCUGGAGAACAAUGACCAGCCUGUUGUUCUGAGGGAUGAAAACAAACGUAGAAGAAGAAAAAUGAGACCUCAUUCAGCAGCCAGUAACGUAUUCUCCAUGGAACUGAUUCCUAUAGAAUUCAUUUUACCUACUAACCAUAAAAAUAACAAAGCAGCGGACACGAUACUGCUAGAAAUAGCAGGCAACUGUACAGUUGAGCAGAUGAAAGCACAAGUCUGGAUGCAUGCUAUUGAGAAAAGCCACAACAGUGAUUUUUACCACAGACUUGCUCCAGACCAGUUCCUCCUGCAAUAUCAGAAAAAGGGACAAUGGUAUGAAAUAUAUGACAAGCACCAGGUAAUACAAACAUUAGACUGCAUAAUGUACUGGAAGGUUUUACAGAAAACUGUUGGAAAGAUUUAUGUUGUCCAAAAAGAGAAAACAUCAGAUGAAACGCUAGAGUACCAAAAGCAAUUAAAUUAUCUUAUUGGAUAUGACGUUACGGACGUAAGCAAUGUUCAUGAUGAUGAACUAGAAUUUACUCGUCGACGACUAGUCACACCUCGAAUGAUUGAACUGGCAAAGAGAGAUGCUCGGCUUUAUUCCAUGGACCCUUGGGUAACUUCAAAAGCUCUUCCUGAGUAUUUAUGCAGAAAGAUUUCUUCCAAUAGCAUUUUUAUAAUUAUACACAAAGGAAUGACAAGUCACACAAUUAGAGUGUCUAUCGACGACACACCAGAUGUAAUAUUGCAGAGCUUCUUUACAAAGAUGGCCAAGAAGAAGUCUUUGCUUGACAUUUCUGAAGAACACAGUGAGCUGGACUUUGUCCUCCGGGUUUGUGGAAGAGAUGAAUAUAUCAUAGGAAAUUCCCCAAUUAAAGAUUUUCACUGGAUAAGACAGUGCAUCAAAAAUGGGGACGAAAUACAUCUUGUUUUGGAUACCCCCCCUGAUCCAACAGAGGACAUGGUCCAUAAAGAAGAGUGGCCACUAGUUGAUGAUUGUACUGGGGUCACAGGUUAUCAUGAGCAACUUACCAUUGAUGGAAAAGAUCAUGAGAAAAUUUUCACAAUAUCCCUUUGGGACUGCAACAGAAAGUUUAGGGUAAAAAUAAUUGGAAUUGAUAUCCCUGUUUUGCCAAGGAAUACUGAGAUUAUUGUUUUUGUGGAAGCUAAUAUUCAGCAUAGCCAACAGGUACUUGCACAAAGAAGGACUACGUGCAAGCCUUUUACUGAAGAAGUUCUUUGGAAUACAUGGCUUGAGUUUGAUAUUAAAAUUAAAGACUUACCAAAAGGGGCUCUUCUGAAUCUACAGAUAUUUUGUGGUAAGGCUCUUACACCCUCGAAUAAGACAAAUAUGCAGUCACCGGACUCAAGCAGUUCAGACUCAAAAUGUAAAAAUCAACUUCUUUAUUAUGUAAACCUGUUGUUAAUUGACCACAGGUUUUUAUUAAGGCAAGGAGAGUAUGUCCUUCACAUGUGGAAGAUACCAGGUAAAGGGGAAGAGCAAGGAAGCAUCAAUGCUGAUAAACUUACUUCUGCAACAAAUCCUGACAAGGAUACAUCUAUGGCAAUUUCCAUAAGCCUGGACAAAUAUUGUCACCCAGUUGCACUGCCUAAGCACAAGCCUGUGUUUGAUUCUGAGCAAGAUAGGGCAAGAACUGAAAUGCCUAAUCAACUACGUAAGCAGCUAGAGGAGAUUAUAGCCACUGACCCAUUGCAUCCACUGUCACCAGAGGAUCAAGAACUGUUAUGGCAUUUCAGAUAUGAAAUUAUUAAACAUCCAGAAGCAUACCCCAAAUUAUUUAGUUCUGUCAAGUGGGGGGAGCAGGAAAUUGUUGCAAAAACAUACCAUUUGUUAAGUAAAAGAGAAGCAUGGGAUGACUGCUCCCUAGAUGUCGGACUAACAAUUCAACUUCUAGAUUGCAAUUUUUCGGAUGAAAAUGUACGAGCUAUGGCUGUUCAGAAGUUGGAUAGCCUACCAGAUGACGAUGUACUUCAUUAUCUUCUACAGCUGGUGCAGGCUGUAAAGUUUGAACCGUAUCAUGACAGUGCUCUCUCCAGAUUCCUGCUGAAACGUGCAUUAAGGAGUAAACGGAUAGGCCACUUCUUGUUUUGGUUUUUGAGAAGUGAGAUUGCCCAGUCAAUGCAUUAUCAGCAGCGGUUUGCUGUGAUCCUGGAAGCAUACCUAAGAGGUUGCGGCACCGCAAUGCUAAAUGACUUUAGGAAACAGGUUCAGGUAACCGAGCUUCUGCAUAAAGUCACCAUGGAGAUCAAAUUGGUUUCUGCUGAGAAAUAUGAUGUAACUUCACAAGUUAUUACACAACUCCGACAAAAGCUUGAAAAGUUACAAGGUUCAAAGCUUCCAGAAAGUUUUCGAGUUCCCUAUGAUCCAGGUCUUAGAGCUGGUUUACUGGUGGUAGAAAAGUGCAAGGUUAUGGCUUCUAAAAAGAAACCUCUGUGGCUUGAAUUCAAGUGUGCUGAUGCAACUGCUUUAACCAAUGAAACCAUUGGCAUCAUAUUUAAGCAUGGAGAUGACUUACGACAGGAUAUGCUUAUUCUGCAGAUUCUUCGAAUCAUGGGAUCUAUUUGGGAAGCUGAAUCACUGGACCUUUGUUUGUUGCCAUAUGGCUGCAUUUCCACCGGAAAUAAAAUCGGAAUGAUCCAAAUAGUAAAGGAUGCCACAACCAUUGCCCAAAUUCAGCAGAGCACAGUUGGCAACACUGGGGCAUUUAAAGAUGAAGUUCUUAGUCAAUGGUUAAAAGAAAAAUGUCCUCUAGAAGAUAAGUUUAAUGCAGCAGUCGAGAGAUUUGUUUAUUCGUGUGCUGGUUACUGUGUUGCAACCUUUGUGCUUGGAAUUGGUGACAGACACAAUGACAAUAUAAUGAUAACUGAAACAGGCAACCUCUUCCAUAUAGACUUCGGUCACAUUCUUGGCAACUACAAAAGCUUCCUAGGAAUUAACAAAGAGAGAGUUCCAUUUGUGUUAACCCCAGACUUCCUCUAUGUGAUGGGAACUUCUGGAAAGAAGACUAGUCUAUAUUUUCAUAAAUUCCAGGAUGUUUGUGUAAAAGCCUACUUGGCCCUUCGACAUCACUCAAACCUCAUGAUUAUCCUGUUUUCCAUGAUGCUGAUGACCGGCAUGCCUCAACUAACAAGUAAAGAGGACAUUGAAUACAUUCGAGACUCACUGACUAUUGGAAAAAAUGAAGAGAGUGCGAAAAAACAUUUUCUUGAUCAAAUAGAGGUUUGCAGGGAUAAAGGCUGGACAGUGCAAUUUAACUGGUUCCUUCACCUUGUGCUUGGCAUUAAACAAGGAGUGGAAAAACACUCUGCCUAAAGCAGAUUGGCACAAUUACCAACACAAAUGAGAUCUAAAACAUACAGAACAACUUUACGUUUUACUUCUAACUCUUUGUUACAGUAACUUAUUUGUAAAAUGUUGUUGUAUUGUUUUCUCAAGAAAAAGAGCAAGAAGGUAUUUAACUUUUUCGUGACUGUUGAUAAAGCAAACAGAUUUGGUAAGCUGUCUAGAAUUUGCGAGCGGGCAAAUAUACAGCACAUGGUUUGAAACAUAUUGCAAACCUAUCUGGUAUUAAUACGGUUAAUAUAUUAUCCAGUUGAAACCUAUACGUGGAAUGGACAUCUCCUGUAUAAUCAUCUUGUUGACUAAAUAUUGUGUAUGAGGUAGUCGAUAGCAGUGGGAAUGGUGUAGACAACAUACCAUGCUGUAGGUGGCCCUGCUCAAUUAUGGUAAAAUCUGGGGAUUUCUUCAAUAAACAGUAAACAGUGAUGAAUUUAUUACCAACUUUAAAUUUAGGCCACAAACAUGCUAAAAUUAGCCAAAAUGGGUACCCUUUUCAACUGACCUAUUUCAGACACUUUUUGGCAAUCCGGUUGUUUGUUUAAGGCAAUUCACAGCAGCAUAAGGUAUGUGCUUGAAAAGAAUUAACUUUUGAAAAGAAUUGUCAUUUUCGAUUCUUCUAACACCACUGACACCCAAAGGGUUAAAAAGAAAGAACGAAAUGUUCAUUUCCUGAACACUUGCUCUUGUGCGUCAUUCUCCUCAACCCAUAAUAAUCUACUUUUGUUUAAAAGAUGACUCCAAUUUUUACAGUGCACAUUACCUAUGUCUGUGUUUCAUCUAGUGUUCAAAUACUAAAUCAUAGCAGAUAUUUCCACCUGCUUCGCUACUUUCUAAGUGCCUCCUUUUAUUGUUAGAACAAAAUGUCACAUGCAUUUGAUUUUUCUUAUACUAACAUCCCACUUGAAUGUAAAAUAUUCCAUUGAUGAAAAUAAUUGCCUGACCCUUCUUCUAGCAACCUUCUUUAUACCUAGUGCAAAGCUUGAUGGGUAAUAAAAUGCAGGUGAACAUACUGUAUAAUUAUUAUCUAAUCCAUAAAAUCUAUGUUGUAUUUUAAUGUUUUGCAACCCUUAAUUUAUUCAGAUUGUAUUUUUUAAUUACAUUAUAAAAUAAAAUAUUGGAAUUGUUG